GAAGCAUCCCCCCCCCCUACCCGCAACCCUGCCGGUCACCUACCUUAAAUUACCUGAUCACUGACCAGUGACCACUAGUAAACGGGUCCUUGGUAGUUGGUACCUCCGUCAUACUAAACGCUACCUUGCUCUAGCUUGGCUUCUGGAAGAUCCUCGUGCUUGUUACUCGUUAGCAGACCAUCCUUAAUUCGAUGUCCCCGUUCCUACAUGCAUCUGCGCGGCACUCCCUCCUUCUCUCGGGCUCUCCUGCGAACAUGCUCCGGGCAACUCAUGUAAGCCGCGGAGUAGACUCCCUCAUGGCUCAUGUCCGGCUGCCCCCCCGUAAUUUUCACCGCGUUCCCCUCGCUUGCUCUUUGCCUUGGAGCCCCACUAUCGCGAUACGAACCUUUGCGUCCAGGCGAGCCGCCGCCAUCUCGAACCACCAAGGCCUAGAUUCAGAGGAGGACCUGACGGCGGCUAGAGAAUGGGUCGCUAAGCUCAAUUCGAAGGCCAUCACCAUCCCGCGUGACAUCUGCGAAUUUUCCUUUAGUCGGUCGAGUGGCCCCGGAGGUCAGAACGUGAACAAGGUGAAUUCCAAAGCCACAUUACGAGUCUCCCUCGGCUCAUUACUGCCUCUUAUCCCCCAAGUGCUACAUUCACCGCUGCUGGCGUCUCGCUACGUUGCCGCGAGGACCCAGAGCCUGGUCAUUCAGUCGGAGGAAUCACGGAGGCAGACCGCCAAUUUGGAGACCUGCUACGACAAGCUCCACCAGCUACUCAAGAGCCUUGCAGAGGACAAUAUACCCGGAGAGACAUCGCAGGAACAACGCGAUCGAGUACAAAGACUAAAGAAAGCUGCCAACGAAGUUCGUAUCAAGUCGAAGAAAAUGCACAGCAGCAAAAAGAGCAGCAGACGGGGUAGUUAUGACGACUAACAAACAUGCUGACUUUUCAUCAUCCAAUAAUCAAGAGGAACUUCCUUUAUUCUCAUUGCCCAUUAAGCUUGCGAUGGAAAAGUCCGGUAAACGCCUGUGAAUGAUUCAAAUGAAAUGUAAGCUCUACGCUUCCUGUACAACUCGCUCCGCGUUGCGGAGAGUGGCGACGAUCGCCUUUUGGAGGGAGGCAUCCAGGCCUUCGGUCUUCUCGAGUGGCUGUAGCCAGUUGACGAUCUCCUUGGCGACCUUGGGGUUAUUCCGGUACUCC